CACCAUGAAGAUCAAGGAUGCCAAGAAGCCAUCUUUCCCGUGGUUUGGCAUGGACAUUGGGGGGACUUUAGUGAAACUUGCCUAUUUUGAACCCAUUGAUAUCACUGCAGAGGAGGAGCAAGAGGAGGUUGAAAGCUUGAAGAGUAUCCGCAAAUAUCUGACUUCUAACGUAGCCUAUGGAUCCACUGGCAUUCGCGAUGUCCACCUUGAACUGAAAGACUUAACAAUCUUCGGGCGAAGAGGAAACUUGCACUUUAUUCGGUUCCCUACUCACGAUUUGCCGACUUUUAUCCAAAUGGGAAGAAGUAAGAACUUUUCAACACUACAUACGGUGCUUUGUGCCACCGGAGGUGGCGCUUACAAGUUUGAAGAAGACUUUCGCACAAUUGGAAACCUCCAGCUGCACAAACUGGAUGAGCUUGACUGCCUUGUCAAAGGCUUAUUGUAUAUCGACUCUGUCAGCUUCAACGGGCAGGCAGAGUGCUAUUACUUUGAAAAUGCCUCGGAACCCGAGAGAUGCCAAAAGAUGCCUUUUAACCUGGAUGACCCCUACCCACUGCUGGUAGUUAACAUAGGUUCAGGAGUCAGUAUUUUAUCAGUCCAUUCCAAAGACGACUAUAAAAGAGUAACUGGAACAAGUCUAGGUGGAGGGACCUUUCUCGGUUUAUGCAGUUUGUUAACGGGCUGUGAAAGUUUUGAGGAAGCUCUGGAAAUGGCAUCCAAAGGAGACAGCACCCACGCUGACAAGCUGGUUCGAGAUAUUUAUGGAGGAGACUACGAAAGAUUUGGCUUGCCGGGAUGGGCAGUAGCAUCCAGCUUUGGGAAUAUGAUCUACAAAGAGAAGAGAGAGUCUGUGAGUAAAGAAGACCUGGCAAGAGCCAUACUGGUCACAAUCACCAAUAACAUCGGGUCAAUUGCCCGGAUGUGUGCAGUAAACGAGAAAAUAAACAGAGUUGUCUUUGUUGGCAAUUUUUUACGCGUGAAUACUUUGUCAAUGAAGCUUCUUGCAUAUGCACUGGAUUACUGGUCAAAAGGCCAACUGAAGGCCUUGUUCCUAGAGCAUGAGGGAUACUUUGGAGCUGUUGGUGCUCUUCUUGGGUUGCCAAAUUUCAGUUGAGAUACCAGCUGUCACUGCACUGAACUGUUUUCCACCUGGAUGGCACUUGUCUGUGGCAAUGGAAGCUAAAUAUGGGGAGGGGAGAUGAAAGCAGCAAAUUGGCUGUAACUGUUUUUAAAUUUAAGAAGUGAUAAGCUACUGAAUAUUGCCAUUGUAAGGAAGGGGUUUAUACUCUUUUGGGCAUUGAAAAGUGAAAUGUUAGGGAUAUCGUUUAUGUUCUUCGGCACACGUAGCCAGUAUUGAACUUGUGAUAUGCAAUACAUCCUCUGAAAGCAAGCUUCCAGAAGAAGGAAUGGCAAUCCUUUAAGUGUUCAGACCCCAAAUUCUGUGAGUUUAAGGCUCUAAGCCCGUAUGUUUUGAAUAGAAUUGAUGAAUGAAAAAUUAUUUUCACUAGUUAUGCUGUAUUAAGAGUAAAAUUUCCCUUCAAUACUUGCAGAAUAAACAACUUUGGAGURCUGGCAAUGAGGGGGGCAAGCUCCACACAGUUGCUUUCCCCAAUAAGAAUAGCAAGGUGUUAAGACCAUUUGUUAAAUUAAUCCUCCUGUUUUGAUGGAAAAAUAUUAAUGCUUUGUUUUUCAGCGAGGAAAAAUAAACGGACAAAAGAUCAGAUAAAGCAAAGGAGCAAGUAGUUGUUUUGAUGAUUUGCUCAAGGUGUGCACUUGCCCUCCUCACUUAAUUGAAAAUAUACCAUGUAUUUUCAGAAGAUCUCUCCUGUCUUUGGAUGAGGAUAGAGAUUCAAAGAGCGAGGAUUUCUUUGGGACGGUAUGUCUUCCAAAUCUGCCUGGUUGUCCUCUGGUUUUCGGUCUAUUUUAUGAGCAAAAUUCUGAUAUUGUCACUUUCAAAGGUACGGCCGAGCCUUCAGGCGUUGAAGGUGACCCUCAUAAAACAGACUAAACCUGGGACCUUGUAAUUCUGAUUGUUUAACCCAUUAUUUCCUUGUAUGCUUGAAAAACUUCUCCAUUCUAUAGUUAAAAUAUAUGAUUUCUCUUUUUUUAUGGGUUUAUCAGUAUCUAAUAAGACAUCAAAAAUGAAAGCCUUUAGCUUGGAUUUGGAAGUUAAUUUUUGAGGGACAGCGUCAGAGUUUUUAUUGCAGCACCGAAAGGACCAAUAUUUAGUGCCCUUGUUAUUAUGGAACUGUCCAUCAUACUGUGGCCUUGGGAUAAAAUCCAUACUCUGGAACUGUUUUUUGUUUUGUUUUCCUGUAUACUUAAAAAAUUUAUAAUUAUGGUUACUGUAAUAAAUCUAGUCUUGAAGCCAGGACAUGAGAUCUUAAACUAAUAAGAGCAUUAUACAGACAUUAGCUAUGUAAUUCUUUGUAGAGUAAAGAAAUGACCAAUUUUAUGAUUUUCAUGUUAAAUGUUCCUAUAAGUGCAUGAAGAGCAACCAGACAAGAUCACAUUUGUGUUGGGUUUUAAUGCGUUCUUAAAAUUGAUCUCUGGAUUAUUCCACAGCACGGCUGCGUUGUAUUUACAGUACUCCACCUAUCCACCUAGCAUGUUAAGAAUUUUAUGUGCUGUUUUCAGCCAUCCGCCUCUUCUUUACAUUCAGAGUUCCAUACUAAUGUCAUUUCUAAAAGCAAAACCUCCUGUAGUCCUUCAAGAGUGCAGUAAUUUAGAGUAGCCACUUCAUUAAGCCUGGUGCCAAUUAUCAAGUACAGAUUGGUCCAUUAUUGCAUUUUUCUGGUACUCACAUGACACUUCCAUUCUUCUUGCUUUGAUAAUGUUUUAGUCUAGAGAGAAUAAAAAGAAUGAUUUACACCCACAGUUCAGCUUAUCUGUGGUAAUCAGAGAAGCUGAGAAAACGGAUGGAUGUGGCUUGUAUUGCGUGUCUUUAAAAAAUAGUAAUGGCAUUUAUAAAGUUAUGAAGAACUAUAGAAGGUAAGCUUUAUUUGGCUAAAAAAACUUCAUAAAAAUUAAGUUUGAGGGUUUUGACAGUUUCUUGUAAUCUUUGCUCACUGUGGUCUUUGUUUUCUUUUUUUGUAAAGUAAAAUUCUUCAGGAUACCUCUACCAUAACUUGAUUAAGAAUAGUUCCCUUAUUCCAUAUUUAUUGCUACUUCUCAUAUUUUGUGUUACUGAAACGCAGCUGCGCUUGAAGCAGCUGUGUUAGUUGGAAAUAACUUCUGCCUUUAACCAGAAGUGCAGGCAGGAGAUGAUUAGCCAAGGACCUAGGUGAAUUGAAACCCUUUGAAAUCGAUGUGACGUCGAGAUACGACACUUUUAAGGAAAACUGUACAGCGUUCUGAAAUAAACUUCUGAAGUAGUUCUUGAAUAGUUGUACUGUAUUGAAACUGCUGUGAGAAUGAGGAAGCGUGCCCUACCUCUCUCUUAGCCCCUGUGCUCGGUUAAAAAUCGGUUUCCUUUCUGUAGUUGUAAUCAGCCCCACUGGUAUUUAUUGCAGAAGCCACCAGAGCAGUUUUUAGGCCUGCUGAAAAGCCCGAGGGUGCUGUUUUCAAGCUGCAUCUUUAGCUUUUGUCUCAUUAUUCGUUCUCGGCUUGAAACUUAUUAUUAGACUCUCCAAAGCAUGACAUGGCCGUGAGUAGAAUUGCUAAGCAUCACAAAUACUUGUAGAAUUGUCUUGGAAUUUUUCUAUCUAUCUUCUAAAUAGGUUGAAAAGCUGUCUCAUUUUUCCUAUAGAAUCACUGCAGUUGAGUUGGUAUUCUGACUUUUUUUUCUUUCUCUCACACUUGCCAUUUCCUUUCUUCAUAGCUAAUUGAUUGAAGUGACUUCAGAACUGAUCAGUGUCGUGUACUGUAGUAGAAGAAGCCUAGUUUUUCCUCAGGUCUACUGGUGUCUUCCCAAGUGGGACAGCUUCUUUAAAGGUUGUGGUACUUCUAAAGUAAAAGCAAAACUCCUCUUGAAUGUGUAAUCACUUUCAGCUCCAUCGGCCAUGUGAGUGCCUUUUAAUUUUUUCAUAUAAUGCCAAUUUUGUUGGGACUGGGACAUGAUCCGUGAGGUUUCCUGGCUCAUAUUACUCACCAGAGAAAUUGCAAUUUUGUUGGUCAUAGAAAUGAUCCCUUGGGUCCAGCGUAUUCAGCGAYUCUGGGAAAAUUGCGUGAAGGUUCCGGCUUUUUUCAGAGACCUUAGAUUUGCAUUUCUUCUUUUCAUCCUUCUAGCUUGAGCUUUUUAAGCAUUACGCACAAUUUUACUGUAUCAGUAUCUCCCUAAAAAUCAUACUAGUUUUUAGUCAGAAAAAAUAUAAAGUAUUUCUAGACAAAUGAAUUUUAUAUCCAGCUAUCCCCCGUAGGUAUGGCAAUUAAAUUUAACCACUUCUUUUCACCCUUUCUAGUUCUGCCUAAGCUAGCUGCAGUUUGAACAAGAAGGGAACUUUUUUACAAUAUAUUUUCCAUAUUUAGCAACAUGGAACAAACAGAUCUUCAGUCAUUUUUACAGAAGCUUGCGGAGGUUCAAGUAUAAACGCUUUUCUGUUCUUUUUAAUAAGACCUCUUCACCCAUGGAGCGACUCCGAUACCGUUUAUUUGAAGGUCUGGACCAAACCUAUAGCAAGGUAAAAGGGUGUUCAGAUCUCCAGCUUGCCUUUUGAAGAACAUUGCCUUCUUUCSAUAGCGUGUUUUGCGGGCACAUGCCUCUGCGAUUGCUCCGCCGCGUCAGAGGUGACCUCCUUUUGUAAUGUGGGAGUCCGGACGAGACAAGAAUUAAGAGAUCCUGCAGAGAGUAAGACUCUCAGUCUGUAUAUUACAAACAAAAGUAGAGUUAUGGUUUCUAAUAAUGCAUUAAAUAUUCCUUCAGUGGUACUCUGAGAAUCUUAUUUGCUUAUGUGUCUGAUAACAUACACACACGGUGCUUUUAUUGCCCUUGAGAGCUGUAAUAGUAGCUCUUUGUCUCCACCCGGCGCAGAUCUUCAGAAGGUAUCCGGAUAAGUUGCGGCAACUUCACAUUUUUUUUAAUGCUUCAGAAAARCAGUAGGAUUUUGACGCGUGUAACUAAUUCAAGUGUAUUUUUUUCCUUUUUCUUUAGAGCAAAUUUGUACUCCUUAAAGACAAGGCAGUGUCCUAUGAAUUCAAUCUAUAAGUUACAUUACUGCCCAAAUUUGCAUUCAAACUAAUUUUUAAACACGACUUCCAUUAUUUGCCCUGUGGAACGUGGAUGGCUCUAAUCUUGAGGAAGCAGGUUAGUUCAUUUCAGAAUGGAAUUGGAGAUGGAUGCAGUUUUGUUCACGCACAUGUAAUUAAGGUAGUUUUUUGCUUUGUCACUUUUUCCUAAUAAAAUGAGUUUUGAUAUCCUUUUUGGAUAAUACAGGCUUAACAGUCACAGAGUGUGCAGAGGAAUUUCAUUGGGUUAAGAGAAUUGUUGUGGAUGAAAUUAAAAGUAUGUGAGCAAGAAAUGCAGAUUACAGAGCGGAUCUAUAAAACAUGCUUGACACAGCUCGUGGUUUCUUUGCUUUUAAUUUUCCCAUUUUGAUUUAAGCCACAGAUAAUUGUGGAUAAAUUGAAUGAAUUAUUUAGGUUUCUCAGACAUAAGCAAGGCUGUAUGGUAUGCAGCAGAUAUGACACACACGCACAAUAAAAACCCUUAUCCUACAGGAUAGAGGGGUAAUUCCUCACUUGCGUUCUUGGAGUUUUAGUAACAUGUUCCAAAGAACAUUGCUGAUGUUCUGUCAGCUGUGAUAAGAUAGCACGGUUCCCUAGGUUUAGAAAAGCAAUCUGGCUUUUACAAGUUGGGUUUACUUUUUGACACGUGUAAAGUUACUAAACCCUCUUAAAAGCAUGCUUUUGGGGAACAUCUCUGUUAAGAUGCUGUAAUAUAACUGUUAAUGUGUUAAUGGAGUAUGAGCAGUCUAGGUGAGAAUACCUGAGUGCCAAAUCCUGCUCGCUUGACUAACUCAAGCAGACAAUUCUCUUAAGCAGAGAUGAUUUUAAACUUAAUGAGCAAGAUUUGGCCUCGAUGCCUUCUGCCUUGGGAACAUAGUAAUGCUACUUGGCAUAUUCCUGCUGGUGCUAAAUCGCUUGCUGAAAAAUCACGAUUCUAAAUAGAAACUGUAAAUAAAAUAUUCAUGGCCUGGUCCUUUUGACAGACUUCAGUUUACGAGUUGCGAUUUUUUUUGUCUUUUUCCUUAUUUCAAGCUUCCCUUUUACUGCGACUGUGCAGACCGCAGUCAUUUAUAUAGAAAAUUGCUGACAGCUUUGGCUUUCGUGGCCCUUUGUGCAAGGCUCGUAACAUUCCAGUUGUGCAUUAGGAUACAGGUCGCUCUUCGGGGCCAGGGCUUGGCGUUCCCCCAGGCUCRUUUCGUCGUCGUAGCUGUAUACAUGGUUAGUAACCACUGGGUCAGUAUAUGCCCUCUGCCAGAACUUCCAGAAAUGCAGUCGUUCCUGUAAGCAUUUGAGGGGGAAGGAUUGAAAAGGGAAAGAAAAAAAAUAAUGCCGCGAUGAUCUAUCUUUAAAAUAAACUGGAAUAUGGUGUAAGAGUUGCUAAUCUUCAACAGAUAGCAAUUGCUAGCAUUGCACAUUGCUUGUAACGUCAAUUUAAGAAAACUGUAAGUACAMCCUUUGGGAGGAGGCUUUGGUUUUAUACUGUGCAUAACAAAAGGUAAUUUCAUUACGAGACUGUAGUGAGUUAGUACUUUGAGAAAUAUUAAAUUACAGAAUAUGAAAAUUAGCAUAUUGAUGUUAGAGGAAUAGAGGGCUUUUGAUAAUCUGUAGUUUUUUACCAUAUAAGUUUUGGCAUUUUAAGGAGCAAAUAUUCAGAUUUUUUGUCUAUUGUCUUGUCAUACGCAGGCCUUCUAAAGACCAAUUUCUAUCUUCCGAGUGUUUUAGUUGCUUAGCAAAAUGAAACUUAGAAACUAAGUUCUCCUCGGAGCCAUUUGUUUAAGUUGCCUUAUUCUAAUGCAUUGCACUCACGUUAGGUCUCCACCUUCUCAUUUACUGUUCUGACACUGAAGAUGUGAUGUACAAAUGUGCUACCAACUUUUAAUCAUACAUUAUUGAUCGAUACCUUUGUGCCCCCUGUUAAUACAGCUCUUGUAAAUGAUAACCUCAUGCCCUCUGUAAUACAGCUCUUGUAAAUUGCUUAAAUUAUUUUUCCU